AGCAUAGAUGCACAUAUAGUCAAUCCAUGUGGACAUACAAUUUGUGCCCCUUGUGGUUUUAAAUGGCUCUACAUUGAGGGAUCUGAUGUUUGUCCUAUCUGCCGAAAAAGGACCAAUGUACUGCGGCCUUUUAUCAGGAAUUAUACUGUCGAUCACUUUGUUGAAAGAUAUAUUCAAAUAUGUGCACUCAGUGGUGAUAUUGACUGGCAAGUAGAUGGAAAAAAAUAUCAGCAAUGGAAUGAUAGGAACAGGUUUAUAAUCAUGAUUAUUGAAAGCUGUUAUUGA